GAAGAAGGAGGAGAAGGAGGCGGCGGCGACGCCGUCUCGCCUCACCCCACCGCGGGGCCGGAGCUUUAUUCUUUAACUGCUUUCGCCUGCCUGCGGAGAGGCCCCGCUACCAACCCGACCGAGAUAAUUGGCUUCGCCUGCUGUUCCCUCGUGGGCGGGAGUGGGGGCUGGGUGUGUGUGUCCCCCUCCCCCGGCCUCCGCCGCGGGCUGAGGGGAGCUCCGUCCGCCCCACCGCGGAGGGGCUGAGGGAAAGCAGAGCCCCCUUCUUCCCCCACCCCCGUGCCUCUUUUCCACCGCAGGGAGAGACUUUCCUUCUCCUAACCCCUUCCCGGCGGGGAGUGGAGGGGAGAGGGAUCCCCCUGCCCUCCUCACCCCUGUCAAGCCGGGCGCCCCUGCCCUUUGCUCCCUGUCAAGCGGAGGGUGAGUCAGACAUCUUGCAGGCUGCAAGCAGGUGCCGGGGCUGGACCAGGGUGAACUCCUUCGAGUCCUUCGGCCUGUGAAACUUUCGCCAUGGCUGGCGGUGGGGUCGGGACCUCGCUCCUGCUGAUGGCCGGCAUCAUGGUAGCGGUGGGGCUGUGCAGGAGAUUGACCCGCCGCCGGCUGCGCACCCACCAGCGCCUUUGCACUUUCCUUUUGGAGAUGUUUAGCACCUUCCAGAUUUGCGCCUGCACUAACGAGCUCUGCCUGCUUGGCAAUGUGGAGCCGAAGCCGCAUACCGCCCUCACUCUCACCUACGGUUUCACCGUCCUGCAUGGCUUGACUCUGACCGGCAGCACAUGCAAUCCCUGUGGCACCUUACAGCCAAUGUGGGGUGGUGGGAUAUCGGUCAAGAUGGGUGGACUCAAAAUCACCGCUCAGUUCGUGGCUGCAGUGCUUGCCAGAGUGUUCAUGCACUUCAUCUGGAGCCUGGAGAUGGCAGAGCCACAUUUUGGAGCACUCUCGCAGGGCUGCAGCAGCCCCAUGCAGACUACAGAGACGCAGGCGUUCUGCAUAGAACUGCUCUUUUCUGUCGUUUUCCAGCUGAGCGUCCUGCGAGUGGAAGGUGUUAACCCCAAAUACAAAGUCCAUUUGAUUGCUCUUCUCAUCACCAUGCUCGUGUAUGCAGGUGGAAAUCUCACAGGAGCAAUAUUUAACCCAGCAUUGGCUUUUUCAUUACAUGCAAAUUGUUUCUAUGACAAAUUUUUUAGUUACUCACUAGUAUAUUGGAUAGCACCAUCCUUAGGUACAAUACUUGUGGCUUUCAUAUGGGAUGAAAUCCUUCCUCGGAUAUCCUGAGACAUCAAAUUUUGAAAUCUAGCAGUACUACAUUAAAAAAAUACUUUCAACAUCUGCAGACAUGAAGCUUUCAGAAGGCUGUUGACAUCGACUGCCCCACCACCUUUCUGUUAUAUUUUCAGAUUUCAUGUUUGAAAUAUGUGACUUACAACUUUGUAUUCAAAUACUUAUUUUGUAAUAGCAUAGUGGGAUUUUGAGAAUAUCUGCCAACAUUUUCAGUUAACCCAUAUGAAUGUGAAGGACUGUUAAAACAUUGAAACUUUUUCACUUUAGCCAUAAGUGCCAUUUGCUGACCUUUAUUACAACAGCAUGCAAAACUAAUUUUAAAGAAAUACCCAGUCCUUUCAAGGUUUGAUUUUAUUGGAUUUCUUCCCAUAGAAGGCACCUGCAAAAAAGGAGCUGAAGAUUUUAUUCUUAUAUUGACCUCACCAUAUUCCUACUUGCAAUAUACGUACCUCUGAGAGGAAGAAAGGCUACACUACUCCCUAGAAGAGUCUCCACAGCUCUAUUGUAGAGGUACCCUACACCAAAAUUAAGUCUAUAGGACCACCAUUGUUCUAAUAAUACUCGAGCGCAGGUAAGUAACCCCUCGCUUCCUUACCAGAAGGCUCUGACCCAUCCUGUCCCACUAUAGUCUGUCUGAGUGUUUAUCUUGGUUGGAAAGAGAGGUAAUAAAGUACCAUCAAAUUCUGUGGGCACACACAUAAAAGGGCAUUUUUGGCAAACCAAACCACCCCCUCCCGCUUUAUCAGAGAUUACUGCUGCCUCUUCACCUAGUAAGAGAGACACAGUGUAUAGGGAUGAAUCAUGUGGAACUUAUUUUUCCUUGAUUUUAUGUAACUCUUACCAGCUAUUUUUCUUGAAAUAAAGGAAUUUGCAAUAUAGGAGAAUAAAUAAAAGAGCUAAAACCACAGGAAAGCUACAUACACAAACUGGCACAAACAUGCCCUUUAUAGCCUCAGCUGAGGAGAACACCACCGAUAGGUACCAUCCUCUGAAGUUCCGUUUCUAGCAUGAGGUUUCUUCUUCUGGAUUCAUCAUAAUUUUUAUAUAUGCCAAAAUAUAUAUUUUUCAAAUUGAAGACUAAAAUCAGUUUUUCACUUUAUAAUUACUAGGUUUGAAAGGAGAGAUGGUUAACAAGUUCUACAAAGAUCUCAGUAGUCAGCCCCUCAGCUCAUUACCCAAGUCACCUUGCAGACCAUAUUCUAAGAGAAAGGGAGGGAAUCAGACAGGGGUUUUUUCCACAGUAAAAUUAUGAACCAAGUCUUGAACAGCUACUGUUGUCAGCUAUCUUUUUUGCAAGAGUUUGGGAAGUAAAUGUUUUCAUGUAAUUUCUUACUUAUUGCAAUAAAAUCUUUUCUCAUUUUGA